AGCGCUCACAUAAAAGUGAUAGGAAAAGGACAAAACAUACAUUUCCUAACACUUGUUGAAUGAAAAGUGGCUUUAAAGCAGCUCAGACUUUUUAACUAACCUAACCCAAAUAAUGCUGAAUAGUUAUAUGUAGGGAGACCGGGGAUAGUUGUAACAUUUUUGACAUUUCUGACUGUAUCUCGGAGCUCUUUUAAGCCAGCGCGUUCAAAAUGUGAUACAAACUAAUUACAAGUGUCAGCUAAACGGUGUAGCGGUUAUCUCUGGACCCCAAACAGAAAACGCAUGGUUUACUGUCAAACACAAGGAGGAAAAUGCUACAAUUGACCCAAAGUCCACAUUUUAAUUAGAAAAGAAAAAAAAACCAUUUUGCUUGGGACGGAGGACAGGCUCCCUGUACGUUGGAUGAAUGAAGACGCUUUUCUCCGAACACCGGACCCAGCUGGGAUAAACUUGCAUCAUAUUUGUCAUUUUUUGGACAAUGAAAUCAGUUGCGGCUGGUGCAGAGGAGCUCGGACAAGCUGCGACUUCGUGCAACUUUUCUUCGAGUUUGGAGGAGCUGAGAUGAAGAGGAGAGCCUGACGCUUUCUCCAGCGAACAAACCAGAGGUGUUUGAGAGUGUGUUGCUGUCUCCAGCUGGUCAUCAUGUCCCUGUGGAUGAUCCUUCCUGUCAGCCUGCCCGUCUUCACCAUCACCGGGAUAUGGCUCGUAUAUGCGAUGGCCCUGUACAACCAGCAUGUCUGCCCUGUGCACAACUGGCUUUAUAAUGACUCGUGUGAGGAGCUGCUUCCACUACAGAGGGGUCCAGUUCUGUGCUGCACCCUGGACAACAUCCCACUCAUCAGUAAAUGUGGAACUCUGCCACCUGAAAGCUGCUUUUUCAGUCUCAUCUGCAGCACUGGAUCCUUCAUGGUGAUGCUGAUCGGCCUGCUGCGUUACGCUCACGUCAUAGAGAAGCACCAGAACUGUGUCCUGAACACGGCGGGCCUCUCCACCGCGUGGAUCUGCGCUGCCGGUCUCAUCAUGGUCGGAAACUUCCAGGUGGAUUUUGCCAAAGUCCUUCACUACGUCGGGGCCGGAGUGGCGUUCCCCUCCAGCAUGCUGUUUGUUUGUCUGCAGUCGGCUCUGACCUACCGACUGGCCAAGACCCAGGGGGAGUACCGGAUGGGUCACCUGCGUGUGGGGAUGGCCCUGCUGGCUCUGAUCGCCCUGGUGCUCAGCGGAGUUUUCUUUUGCCAGGAGAGCUUCGCCCUGCAGCACGCCUCUGCCAUCUUCGAGUGGAUCUACUGCAUGCUCAUCAUGCUCUUCUACGGGACUUUUGCCUUUGAGUUCGGCGGCAUGUCGGGGGACACGCUGAUGGUGCUGUCCCGAGGAGGAGGAGGAGGAUUAGAAGGAGGAGGAGGAGGAGGGGCGCAGAGCUUCUCCACCUCCGAGAACAAGACGGAGGUGGGUGGCGGCGUCUCCAACCACCACCAGCCAGAGAGCUUAUCGAUGCUGUAACUGAAACUGCAAACAAGCGUCAGCAGCAUCCCCUGGAGUCCAGAGGGCGACACGUGGGCCAAUCUGGAAGACUCCAACAUGGAGCCUGGAGCCUGGAAGCUGCAUCCUGCGUCUCGUCACGCUCCCUGUUUCACUCAGCCACAGUGCCAAAGCUCUUCUACUCAGCCAGGACCAAAGACUAGAGAUGGUCCGAUACCAUGUUUUGCUUCCCAAAACCGAUUCCGAUGCCUGAAUUUGUGUAUCGGCCGAUACCGAGUAGGGAUCGACUGUUUUUUUUUCAAGGCCAAUACCGAUAAUAACGGAGAUUUGGAACCAAUAUGCAUUUACUAUGCAAAUGUAAAUCUUUAAAUCCAAAUUAGGAUUUUGGAAUGUUACAAACUCCAAGGCAAAACUUUAGAUUUAAUGCUUUAAGCAAUCAUUUAAAGCUAUGGUGUGUAGCCGCCAUGAUGAAUUCCAUGUAAUUAGAACAAAACUGUCGGCGCGUCCACGUGAUACAAGCCUUCCGUGAUCGCAGACCACCCCCCACCCCUCCUCCACACAGUUGCUAGUAGCCAAGGAGGACACGGAGGCUUAAAACAAACAUGAUCAACAAACAGGUCAUUAUCUACUAACAUUUUUUAUCACGAAAGUCACCGGAUGAGACAGUCUUCUGAACAUAGUCGUACUGAGAAAUCCAGAGAGGGCUGUGUGGAGCUGAUAGUCUUAAUUAACUUUGUAGCAACUCUUUUGGCAACGGCUUGAAUGUAACGGAUGUU